AGUUACAGGUAAGAAAACGAAAAGCAGACUGACGAGGUUGGACAUUGAGAGUGACGAAGAUUACAACUCCAAUACCAACACCACCACCAACAAUGCCAACAACAUCAACAGCAACAAUAACAAGUCCCCGUACGAAUGGAAUCCUUGGUUUUCUUCUUCACCUCAACCUCUCAACUACGCUUCCUUUUUUGCACCCCACCACCAUUAUCGCCAUCAUCACCCUCGCUUCCAAUACUGAAAACUUCUACCCUUUUGCUUCUUUUUCUCCCUUCUCUAUUUUUUCCCUCUCUUCCUCGCUUCAUAGAUCGACCUUUUCCAAUUUCAAGCGGAUUUCAGGAAUAUGUUGGGAGGUCAUAACAACAAUUCUGUGCUUCCAAUUUCCUUUGGUGAAAACCACUUCCGAGGUGAAGUUAAUGCAUUUCCUCAGCUGCAAUUAUUUGGAGAUGUUGGAUGCCUUGGAGGUCCCAUAAAUCACAUGGGAAAUGAUCACACAACUGCCAUGGAGAGGCCUGGUAAAAGAGGCAGGGCCACAGAUUUCAUUUCCAAACAGCAAAAGCAUCAAUUAUCUUUGAAUAAUAACUUCCAUCAAUGUGAAGCUGGUCAGCUUGGAAGCAUUUUGGAUCCUAAUUUUGUAUCAAUUGGAUUGAAACUUUCUUCUGAGGAAGAGGAACAGGAACGCAACUCCCCUGUCUCACAUGCAAGUGAUCCCAAGACAACUAUUCUCCCUGUUAUGUUGUCUCUAGGUGACAGUCUUAAGGCUGAGAUGGAUCGGCAGAAAGAAGAAUUUGAUCAUCACAUGAGACUUCAGGAAGAGAGUAUGAUAAAGAGUAUAAGGGAAGUGGGACAGAGACACACAAUUUCUUUCUUACAUGCCGUAGAAGCAGGAAUUGGAAAGAAGCUGCUUGAAAAAGAACUUGAAAUACAGAACAUGAAUCGCAGGAACAAUGAACUAGUGGAAAAGAUAAAACAAAUUGGUUCAGAGGUUCAGUCCUGGCAGUAUAGAGCAAAGUAUAAUGAAUCUGUAGUUAAUGCUUUGAAGAGCAAUCUGAAGCAGGUCAUGGCACAGGGAAUUAUUCAUGGGAAGGAAGGCUGUGGGGACAGUGAGGUAGAUGAUGCAGCUUCUUAUGCUAACCAGAACUUAAAGAAUGCUGUGGAAGCAAAUGCAAGCUCCUUCAAACGGCAGAUAACCUGUAGAGCGUGCAGGGCAAAAGAAUCCUCUAUGCUAUUAUUGCCAUGUAGACACUUGUGUCUAUGUAGAGAUUGUGCAGGGUUUACAGAAGCUUGUCCAGUUUGCCAGAUAACUAAAACUGCAGGAGUUGAAGUAUUUAUGUCAUAACUUAUGCAGUCCUGUCAAGGCACUUGUAAUGUUCUUGACCUCUAGAUGAAGGGGUUCAGUUUAAAUUAUGAUCGGGCAAUUCUUAUAUAUUUUGUGUAUGAAGAUAUCGAUGAGCUUGAUUCCAUGAAGUUGUUAUGGUUUGUCCAGAAAAGCUCUGUGGAACUUAAUCGUGUUAUUUCAUUAAUUUAUUUAAUGAUUCUUGUGGGGAAGGACUAAAUGUAAUUAGUUUCACUGAUAGAAUUGGAAGCAGAAAUUGUGCUGUCAUCGACAUUUUUUAAAUGAAUUGAUUUUGUUGAUUUUCUUC